CACAGAAGGAGGAAUACUUCAGGAAGAGGUUCAGAGAUAAGAAGCAGACCAGCAGGAUCAUCUCCCACAUCAAGACAUCACGGAGCCUCCACAUCAUGUGCCACAUCCCAGUCUUCUGCUGGAUCACUGCUACGGUCCUGGAGAAAGUCCUGGAAUCCAGAGAGGGAGGGGAGCUGCCCAAGACCCUGACUGAGAUGUACAUCCACUUCCUGGUGGUCCAGGCCAAACUGAAGAGGGUCAAGUAUGAUGGAGGAGCUGAGACGGAUCCACACUGGAGUCCAGAGAGCAGGAAGAUGGUGGAGUCUCUGGGAAAACUGGCUUUUGAGCAGCUGCAGAAAGGAAACCUGAUCUUCUAUGAACCAGACCUGAGAGAGUGUGGCAUCAAUGUCAGAGAGGCUUCAUGGUACUCAGGAGUGUUCACCCAGAUCUUUAGAGAGGAGAGCAGCCUGUACCAGGACCAGGUCUUCUGCUUCAUCCAUCUGAGUGUUCAGGAGUUUCUGGCUGCUCUUCAUGUCCAUCUGACCUUCAUCAAGUCUGGAGUCAACCUGCUGGAGGAACAAAGUAACACUUCCAAAACAAAAGCCACAUCCAAAACAAGAGCUGUGACUGACCUCCAUCAGAGUGCUGUGGACAAGGCCUUACAGAGUCCAAACGGACACCUGGACUUGUUCCUCCGCUUCCUCCUGGGUCUUUCACUGGAGACCAAUCAGACUCUCCUACGAGGUCUGCUGGAACCAGAACAAAGACGAUCACAGAACAAUCAGGAAACAGUUAAAUACAUCAAGAAGAAGAUCAGUGAGGAUCUGUCUGCAGAGAAAAGCAUCAACCUGUUCCACUGUCUGAAUGAACUGAACGAUGGUUCUCUGGUGGAGGAGGUCCAACGGUCCCUGAGGUCAGGACGUCUCUCCACAGAUAAACUGUCUCCUGCUCAGUGGUCGGCCCUGGUCUUCACCUUACUGUCAUCAGAAGAUCUGGAGGUGUUUGACCUGAAGAAGUUCUCAGCUUCAGAGGAGGUUCUACGGAGGCUGCUGCCGGUGGUCAAAGCCUCCAAGAAAGUUGUGUAAGGACAAACAC